AUGUCACAAGAUAAUGCAGGACCGGUGACUAAGAAGGCGAAGCCUUCAGAAAGGCUGCAAUGCGAAUAUUUCAUGGAACAAAAGAAGCGAAGAUGCGGGAUGACCAGAGGCUCGCAAAACCUGUAUUGCUCUGAGCAUUUGAACUUGCUGAGGAAGGCUACGAAUUCUCAGGUUCAUAACAAGCAUGGUGCAGAUGCCAAGGCGGGGAAGGAAAGAGAAAGAAUUCCCUGUCCAUUAGAUUCGAAUCAUACCGUUUGGGCAGAUCGGUUGGAUAUGCAUCUUAAGAAAUGUAAUAAGACCAAGUUGAGCCAUCUGAACGACGGCAAGUCGUACUACGAACCCGGUUUCAAUGCAGGUGGUGCAGUAUUGUCCCCACCUGCCAAAAUAGAUCUUACAGCAGAGCAUUAUAUUCAAUCCAUCCAAUUGCUAUAUAAGGUCUUCAAAAUGGAGACCAUGGAUGAGCUGCCAUUGAAACAACUAAACAAUGAACUGAUGUCUUUGAGAAGAUUCCCUCAGUUGCAGACAAACACCAAGCAUGCUGUUCAACAGUCCUCGCUGAUUGAAAACUUGGUUGCUGUUGGAGCCUAUGAGAACCCGACGAGUUUGAGCUUUAUUGAGUUUGGCUGUGGCAGGGCUGAGUUCUCGCGCUAUAUAAGUCAAUAUGUUCUUACUCAAUUGGCGGGCUCUUCCGAAGACCAAUCAGAAUCAAAUUCCAAUGAAUUCAUAUUGAUUGACAGAGCAGCGAACAGGAUGAAGUUCGAUAAGAAGAUAAAGGACGAUUUUUUGGAAAUAAAGUUGCGCUCUGAAUUAAAGGCUAUUAAGUGUCCGAGUAUCAAUAGGGCUAAGAUCGACAUCCGGGAUUUGAAGUUAGAUUCAAUUUUAACUUCAACGCCGACGGACAAGAGCCGAUACGUCUGCGUUUCUAAGCACCUUUGUGGCGUCGCUACGGACCUAACUUUGAGGUGCAUAACAAAUAGUACUGUCUUACAUGGUGGUGAUGACGAUGGAUCUGAGUCUAAAUUAAGGGCGAUUUGCAUUGCCAUGUGCUGCAGGCAUGUUUGUAAUGGUGGCGAUUAUGUUAACCGUGGUUAUAUCACGUCACUUCUUGAAAAGUAUAAGGCUGAUGGUUCCAUUCUAACAUAUGAAAGCUUUUUCCGCAUGCUGACCAAAAUCUGUACUUGGGCUACUUGCGGAAGAAAGGCAGACGCGAACGUUACAGAUACAGUAAAUGUUGUUGAAUCGUUUGAUGGAGCAGAACCAUAUACAAUGACCAUCAAGGAGAGAGAAAAUAUAGGACUGAUGGCUAGACGUAUAAUCGAUGAGGGCAGACUGGCCUAUGUCAAGGAGACUUUUAAAGGGUAUAGUGCAGAACUGAUAAAAUACGUAGCCUCUGAUGUGUCCCUUGAAAACGUGGCCAUGUUAGUUUAUAAAAAGUAG